AUAGCAUCAUGCGGCAAUACACCAGGAGAGGCAAGGGCACUUGGGUGUCGCUUUGAAUCCCAUAAUUUCGCGUGGACCCCCCCUGACUGCUACGACGAAGCCCUUAACGCUAAAUGGGACUCGAAGCACUGGGGCUACUCGCGUAAUCCCGAAGGGACUGACAUGAUCCCCCGCGACGAGGUGCUGCUUGGCAAUCUGAAGUGGGCCUAUGUCACGCUUAAUCAGCACAUGUCUCACUGUGUCCUCAUCUGGCAGAAGUACCAGCGGGCAGUCAUGUUCAAUCGCCCUGCCGACAACUGGACUACUAGUUUUGCUCACACAUAUCACUGCGGGCAGUUUAUGGUUCAGUGGGAUCUAAACCAUAGCGAGUACAACAGCAUUUUGUACACCAAG